AUGGAUGAGGAGAUCACUGGGGGCCACGAGGCCAAGCCCCACUCCUGCCCCUACAUGGCUUUCAUUCAGUUUCUGGGUGAGAAGAGUUGGAAGAGGUGUGGCGGUGUCCUCAUACAAAAGGACUUUGUUCUGACGGCUGCUCACUGCAGAGGGAGCUCAGUCAGCGUUACCCUGGGGGCCCACAACAUCAAACAGCAGGAGAGGACCCAGCAGGUCAUCCAGGUGAGGAGAGCCAUCCGCCACCCAGACUAUAAUCCUAAGAACUUCUCCAACGACAUCAUGUUACUGCAGCUGGAGAGAAAGGCCAAGCAGACGUCAGCUGUGAAGCCCCUUAGUCUGCCCAGGGCCAAGGCCCGGGUGAGGCCAGCAGUGUGCAGUCUGGCCGGCUGGGCCAUGGCCCUGGGCGCUCCAGCCACCUCCCUGCAGGAGGCAGAGCUGACGGUGCAGGAGGACCGGGUGUGCGAAACCCUCUGCCCCAGCCACUGCAGCCGGGCCAGCCAGAUUUGUGUCGGGGACCCAAGGAAGGCGAAGACCGGCUUCAAGGGUGACUCCGGUGGACCCCUCAUGUGUAAAAAAGUGGUCCAUGGUACUUUCUCCUAUGGAAAGAUGAAUGGGAUACCUCCAGGAGUCUUCACCCAGGUCUCACACUUCCUGCCUUGA